AUGGUAUCUAGUACAUAUGUUAUAAUAUUUGCUUCUGGGAAAGUCUGGUCAGUAGGACAGUUAUCAAGAUAUAUGUUGGACAUGAAAAAGUUGCUAAUUUUGCUGAUUUUGGCAAAUUGUCAUAUGAUACAAGGUGUUUUAGAAUGGACAGUUAUUAGAAAGGUAACAGAUUUUGGACAAAACGUGACAUUAUUUUGCCAUGUUCCAAACUGCUGUCCAAAGGAAGCAGGAUGGGAUAGAUGGACUCCAAGUCAACAGACACUGUUUAUAGAUGUCAAAACUGGACACAAUAAUAAAAAGUAUGAUGGAAAGGCUGAGAAAGAUGGAUACACCUUAGUUAUCCAAAAUCUAACAAAAGACGAUCUGAAUGUUUCCUAUUCCUGCUUAUAUGACGUAACAUUUGGACCCAGGAAAUUUUUAUUGGAAGAAGACGUAUUUACAGGUUAG